AUGAGAACGUCGACGUUUCUUGUUUCAAGGUCUCCGUUCAUCGCGUCACCGCCGCCUACUACCGAGCUAUUUCGCGUAAUAAUAGAAGAGCUAGGAACCAUUAGUGCAGAGCCAACAGAUGUCACAUACGAAGAUGUCAACUGCCCAAGAACGGUCAGGCCGGCAAUAUGGUGCAAACCAAAGGAAGCCUCGGCCUCACGUGUUAUUCUCAACCUACACGGCGGAGGAUUCGUCACCGGAUCUCCAUCUAGCCACCGCAAGCUAGCCGGACAUCUCGCCAAGACUUCUGGAUGUCAUGCUCUGGUUCUGGACUAUGAACGAGCUCCAGAGAAUCGAUUUCCCAAACAACAAGAAGAUGUAAUUGCUGCAUACAAGUGUUUGAUGAUGGAUAAGAAAAUCUCAAGCAAAAAUAUCGUGUUCGCUGGGGACUCAGCUGGCAGACGCUUAACGAUAUCGUCCACCUUAAUGGCUAAGAAUCUAGGUCUUGAUCUUCCAGCUGCCAUCGUCACAUCCUCUCCGUGGUUUGAUGUAACCAUGGAUGCCGAAAGCUAUGAUAGAGGUUUAACCAAACAGUCGUUUGUAACACCCGAAGCUAUAGGCCUUGUUGCCGGAGCAUACGUUGGAAACGCCCCCACCUCGGACCCUCUGAUAGAUUUGCUCCAUGCCGAUUUUAUGGGUCUUCCUCCAAUAUAUAUAACAGCCGGAACCGAAGAAAUCCAUGAAAAAGAGGCUUUGCAGCUGACAGAACAUGCCAAGUCUGCAAAAGUCGAAGUGCGGUUGGAGAUAGUGAAAGAUAUGGACCAUAUUUGGGUCAUGAUGGCUGGAAGAGCACCUGAGGCUGACAAGACGAUUGCUGAAGCUGCUAAUUUCCUUCGUAAAAAAUGGUAG